AUUCUGGUGUUCUUCAUGUUCUUCAUAGCUUCAAACUUCGAGAUAUCAACUAACUAAAGGAGAAAGGAGAAAUGGGUUUUAUAGUUUGGAGUUAAAAAGGCUCAAGAACCAUACGUUCCAUAGCCGCCAGAGAUCAAAGGAGGAAAUCUUGGUGGGUUUUUCUUGAGUGUUGAGGCAAACCAUUUGGUUGGCCCCUCGACGACUUGUCUUUAAGGGUCAUUUUAGACGCCAAUUUGAGGGACUUGGUUGCCUUCUUCUUUGGCAUGUUCUAAAGGAACUUUGAAUUGUGGAUACAAAACUAUGGCUGCUACUACUUCAUAUCAUUGCUACGCAGCUUCCUGAUUUGAAUCAGGUUAAUUUAGCUGAGAUUGAUGGAUAUGAAAAGUAAAAUGGGAUGAUUUUCUUUCACGCGAGAUAGGAGUUUGAAUCUUCUACAAGAAUGGAGAUUCGUCUUAUACACAAGAGGGAGUCAGGUUUUGGAGGAGAUUAUGAAGUGUUUUCAUUUGUUCAGCAAUGAGAGGAGAACUGUUGAGCCUAGAACAGCUACAAAAUCUAAUUCGAUUAUCUCGUGUACCUCGAAUUCUACGUCAAUGAAUCAAGAUCUUAAGAUGUUUGACUCUGAUUUGAAUUCUCAGAAUGUUUCAGAGUUUAGUGUAGCAUCUUCUGCUAAAUCAUUUGCAGCUUUGUCUCAAAGACAGAGUAAUCUUAGGGACUUUACAUUCUCAGAUUUGAAAGCAGCCACGAAGAACUUCAGCCGAUCGCUUAUGAUCGGAGAAGGCGGAUUUGGUAGUGUAUAUAGGGGCGCUAUCCGAAACUCAGAGGAUCCACAUAAAAGAAUAGACAUUGCUGUUAAGCAAUUAAGUAGAAGAGGAUUACAGGGUCACAAGGAAUGGGUAACAGAGGUGAACUUUUUGGGCGUUGUCGAGCAUCCAAAUCUUGUCAAGUUACUAGGCUACUGUGCAGAAGACGAUGAAAGAGGGAUCCAGCGAUUACUCGUAUACGAAUAUAUGCCUAACAGGAGUGUGCAAGAUCACUUGUCAAGCAAGUUAAACAGUUCUCUUCCAUGGGCAAUUAGAAUGAAAAUAGCUCAGGAUACUGCUCGUGGCUUGGCAUAUCUACAUGAAGGAAUGGAUUUCCAGAUAAUAUUUAGGGAUUUCAAAUCUUCAAACAUACUUUUGGAUGAACAAUGGAAUGCUAAGUUGUCUGAUUUUGGAUUGGCUAGGCUAGGGCCUUCGGACGGAUUAAGUCAUGUCUCUACUGCGAUUGUAGGAACAAUUGGAUAUGCAGCACCUGAAUACCUUCAAACAGGACGACUAACAGCAAAAAUUGAUGUAUGGAGCUAUGGAGUUUUCCUGUAUGAACUGAUAACUGGUAGGCGUCCCCUAGAUCGGAACCGCCCCAAAGGCCAGCAAAAGCUCUUGGAAUGGGUGAGACCACACCUAUCUGACUUAAAGAAGUUUGAGCUGAUACUUGACCCAAGACUAGGAGGUAACUAUUCUAUUAAAGCUGCCCAAAAACUAGCAGCUGUAGCUAACCGCUGUUUGGUUCGGAAGGCUGUGGUACGCCCUAAAAUGAGCGAGGUCUUGGAGAUGGUAAAUCGGAUUGUGGAAGCAAGCGAUCUUGAGAGCCCUCUGCUUCAAGAAAAGAGCUCAACUUCUAACAGUGAUUCUGAAGGAUCAAAAGGUGAACAUUUGAGAAAACGGAUUAUGAAUCCAUUUAUUGGAGGGAAUGGUUGUUUGAUUUGCCUAGCUUGGAGACCCAAAGUUGUGAGAACUUGUUGAACAACGUUGAAUGGAAUGACACAGAGGUUUUCUCAUUCUUUUUUGGAAUGGAGAUUUACUUGUGUAAAGAAUCAUGGCUUCUUAAACUGCUGGAUCAAGUACAGUAGUUGUUUGAGGAAGAAUAAGUCAAUUGGUUGG